UUCGUUCAAGUUGCUCGCUGGGAAACAUUUGCAUUCUUUGCCGCCCGUCGAUGCUGAUGACCGUGCAUUUGCAAGCUGGCUUGCUGGCCUUGCGUGUAUGUUCUCCACCGGCAUUGUUUUCCAAAUCCUGGUACGACCUUGUAGCAAUGGAGAGGGAGUCUUCUUCUGCCCACAAUCUCCAAAGGCCUGCUCCAUCGUCGGCAAGAGGUACAGGACUGACUACCACUUCCAACCCCCGAAGAAUUGGAUCAAUGAAAUCUACGACAACAAAAAAGAUCCAUGUGGAUCAAUGUACUACAAUGGAGUUUACCAUGAAUUCUACCAGUAUAACCCCAAUGGCUCUUAUAAUCCCAAUAUCUCCUAUAACAUUGUUUGGGGCCAUUCGGUUUCAAUGGACCUCAUCAACUGGAUCAAUCUUGAACCCGCAAUAGAACCGGAUACCCCAAGUGACAUAAGUGGUUGCUGGACUGGCUCAGCCACAAUUCUAUCUGGUGAUCAACCGAUCAUCAUAUACACUGGUCUCCUCGACAUACAGAAGCAUCAGGUCCAAAACAUUGCGCUUCCAAAAAACCGGUCUGAUCCAUACCUGAGGGAAUGGACCAAAGCACACAAUAACCCAGUUAUCCAACCGGUCGUACCAGGCUUGAACUCGAGCCAGUUCAGGGAUCCGACAACCGGUUGGAUCGGACCGGAUGGACUAUGGAGAAUAGCAGUUGGUGCUGAGUUGAACGGCUAUAGUGCUGCACUUUUGUACAAGAGUGAAGACUUCUUGAAUUGGACUAGAGUUGAACACCCACUAUAUUCAUCCAAUUCCUCCAAUAUGUGGGAGUGUCUAGAUUUUUUCGCAGUAUUGCCUGGAAGUGGGGGUGGACUGGACUUGUCUUCAGCAAUCCCAAAUGGCGCCAAGCAUGUCCUCAAAGUUAGCAUGAAUUGCACUGAUGACAUGUACAUGAUUGGGGUUUAUGAUCUCAAACGUGAUGCCUUUGUGCCCGAUACUGUCCUAGAUGACAGUCGGCUAUGGCCGAGGAUUGAUUAUGGGAAUUUCUAUGCUUCAAAAUCCUUCUUUGACUCAAAACAUGGCCGAAGGAUCAUAUGGGCUUGGAGUAGCGAGACAGAUAGUUCUUCAGAUGAUGUUGCAAAAGGCUGGGCAGGAAUCCAUUCAAUCCCAAGGACAAUUUGGUUAGACAGCCAUGGCAAGCAGUUGCUGCAAUGGCCAGUUGAAGAGAUUGAGUCCCUUCGAACAAAUGAAAUCAACCAUCAAGCAUUAGAGCUGAAGAAGGGAGAUCUAUUUGAGAUCAAGGGAAUUGAGACUUUGCAGGCUGAUGUCGAGAUAGAUUUUGAGCUGACGUCCAUCAAUGAUGCCGACCCUUUUGAUCCUUCCUGGCUUUUUGACACCGAGAAGCACUGCCGGGAAGCGGGUGCAUCAGUUCAUGGUGGCAUAGGGCCAUUCGGACUUGUUAUUCUGGCCUCCGACAACAUGGAGGAGCACACUGAUGUGCACUUCCGAGUUUACAAAUCACAACAAAAUUACAUGGUCCUCAUGUGCUCUGAUCUAAGAAGGUCUUCCCUGAGACCAGGACUGUACACACCAGCCUAUGGGGGCUUCUUUGAAUUUGACUUUGAAAAGGAAAGAAAGAUAUCUCUCAGAACUCUGAUUGAUCGGUCUGCGGUGGAGAGCUUUGGCGGCGGUGGCAGGGUCUGCAUCAUGGCUAGAGUUUAUCCAGUGGCGCUUGUCGAUGACAUCGGCUGUGCCCACAUGUAUGCCUUCAACAAUGGAAGUGCCACGGUCAUAGUGCCGCAGCUUAGGGCAUGGAGCAUGAGAAGAGCACAAGCGAGUGUUUAAUUGAGAAGAGCAAUUCUAAUUGACAUGUGAUUGGAGGACCAUCUUAAUCUAAUCACUUGUUGAUUUCAGUAUUUAGCAUGGGUAGUUGAAGUAGAGGCAAUUGGUAAAUAAGCAUAGUAUGUGCUUAUUGUCAGCAUUGGCAUCAACGCCCAUGAGCUAUGAUUUAAAUUUGCAGAGGUUUGGAGUGAAUAAUAUGAGCUUGUGCAUGCCAGAAUUCCUGAUGAAAAUGUGUUUGUGCUUGCGAGAUUGUAAGAUACAGUACUGCUCUUCACUGUGGUCCCUGAAUGAUAUGGUUUAAGGACA